GGUCGGGCGCUGCGCAGGAGAGCCGCGCGAGGCCGCCCGAUGGUGCUGCGAGGCGGCGGCGACGGCGGAGGUGCCAGGCGCCUUCUGCUGCUGGCGCUGUGGCCGCCGCCGGCGUCGCCCAGCGUGCUGCGCCUCUGGCUGCUGCUGGGGCUGCUGCUGCUGGCGGCGCUCGGGCAUGCGUGGACCUACCGCGAGGAGCCCGAGGAGAGCGACAGGGAGGUCUGUUCCGAGAGCAAAGUGGCCACCACCAAGUACCCGUGCCUGAAGCCCAGCGGGGAGCUCGCCACCUGCUUCAGGAAAAAGUGCUGUAAGGGUUAUAAGUUUGUUCUUGGACAAUGCAUCCCUGAAGAUUAUGACGUCUGUGCAGAAGCUCCUUGUGAACAACAGUGCACAGACAACUUUGGACGAGUCUUAUGCACAUGCUACCCUGGUUAUCGGUAUGACCGCGAAAGGCACAAGAACAGAGAGAAACCCUAUUGCUUAGAUAUUGAUGAGUGUGCCACAAGCAGCGAGCCCCUCUGCCCCCACAUCUGUGUCAAUACCCUUGGCAGCUAUCGGUGUGAAUGUAAUGAAGGGUACAUCCGUGAAGAUGAUGGGAAAACAUGCACCAAAGGAGAGAAAGGGUUUUCUGAGAAGGCUGAUAACGUGGUGAAACCAGGGACCUGCUGUGCCUCUUGCAAAGAGUUCUAUCAGAUCAAGCAGACAGUGUUGCAACUGAAACAAAAGGUUGCUUUGUUGCCAAAUAAUGCUGCUGACCUUAGCAAACCAAUCACAGGGGAAAAAGUACUUGCAUCCAAUACAUUAAUACCCGGUCCUCCUGGACAGCCAGGUGACCAGGGUCCUCCAGGUGCCACAGGUCCGCAAGGGAGCCCUGGAUUUCCUGGAUCUCCUGGCCCUCCAGGUCAGCCAGGCCCUAGAGGAGCAAUGGGGCCUAUGGGACCCUCUCCAGACCUGUCCCAUAUUAAACAGGGCAGAAGGGGCCCCGUGGGUCCUCCGGGAGCACCAGGAAGAGAUGGAGCAAAGGGUGACAGAGGGGCACCAGGAGAAAAAGGAGCACCGGGGCCACCCGGUUCUUUUGACUUCCUGUUACUAAUGAUGGCCGACAUCAGAAAUGACAUCGCUGAGCUGCAAGAGCAGGUGUUUGGGCACAGGACUCAUUCAUCGACUGAAGAGUUUCCAUUACCUCAGGAAUUUACAAACUAUCAGGACAUAGUGGAUCUGGGAUCCGGAGAAGAUUACAAACAAAGGACUGCAUCAAAAGACUCCCGAACGUACAGAGAAGGCAAUCAUUAAAUCGAGCUUGUGACCUGGAAAGAGUAAAACUUUGCAGGGCAGUGGUCCACAAGUCAUUUAAGCCAGCGUACUUGCACACAUUCCAGUUUAGCCCCAUGGAAAUGGGCCAAUGUACAUGAUUCACUGAAGUUACCACCUUCCCUUACUUUAGCACUGCAGGCAGGACCAAAUUACUUAAGAGCCAACUAGGUGAUCAGCACUCAGUGAGAAUUAUCCAUUGUGCAGGUGGAGAACUGCAUAUCUGCAUACGAAAAACCAAUACCUGAUUGUAGGUAGAAGACAUAUGUGCUAGAAAGGAACAAUCCUUUCUACACUUUUCCUUGACAUGCUCUCUUUUGUCUGCAUGGAGUUGUUUGUUUCUAAGAUAAGGAGCGUUCAAAUGUUUGAACUUCUGGUUGCUGCCUGAAGUGCUCCAGCUCAGCGGUUUAUGAUGGCUACAUAUUACCUUCCAAAGCAGAGGAAGUGUGCUUCAGAAUAGCUAUUGCUGCGGAACACAAGUGGAACAGCGCCAUAACAUCCAUGCCCUGCUUGUGGGCAUCCCAGACGCAUCUGGUCAGCCACUAUUUGGAAUGGAAUGCUGUCCUAAAUAGACCUUUGCUCUGAUCCAGCUGCUCUCUUAGGUUGUUAACAACAGAUGGAUCCCAUGGGUCUGCUAAUAGUGUAACUCGACUCUCGAGAGCAAGGGGCAUCAGGAAUUUGGCUGCCACCCAGGAUUCCCAUACUAUACUCUGCUCACAUCUAGAGGAAGGAUUGUGCAAAUAUAGCUAUGAACAUCCACCAGUACUGCCUUCCUCCUGUUCCUUUUUCCUUUUAUAAGCUGGGCAGGAUACUGGUUGACCAUGUUUAUAUGUAUAUAUCUUCCAUUUUUCUACAUCUCAGAACACAUUUCAUUCUCCUUUGUCUUCCAGUAGGGAAGCAGCUGCUGUAUCUGUGACUUUAAAUUGUAGACAGUUUUAAAGGAGCUCAGUUGAAGGAGCAAGUUGGAUGGCCCUCCCUUCCUCUCGUUGCACCAAGGAUACAGGGUGUGCAAGGCAAGGAAUGGGACUUUCUGCAUUCAUGCAAUGGCCUAACAUUAGCAUAAAAGAGGAAAUUUUACAUCUGCAACAACGAGUGCUCAAAAGUAGGCAAGGGUCUUCAACUGCACCAGGGUAAUUUUCUACAACCGAGUGACCUGUAAGCUACCUUAGGUACUAGUUCUGUGGCUUAAAUGAUUUGUAGACUGCACUGUUAAAAAGAGUUGUACAAUAUUUUUAAAAUGCACUGAUAAUGUAUAAAGUUUUAUAUGUUUUAUUGUCCAAAGUUUCUCAGUUCCCUUUUUUACAGAGAGGUUUACUGGUAGUAACACAAUCCAGCUGUAUUAUUUGUUAGCCCAAGAACUGGCCCCAGAACUGUCUAAACAUUGACUCUAUCAUAGAUUCUGCUUUGGAGCAAAAAAUAAAAAAAUAAAAACCCUAACACAUUGGUAAUUCCAAGUGCAGUAGCAUAAUUUGAAGUCAGAGGUAGCUACAAAUGUGUGACAUUUCCUUUUUCUUAGCCAAACAGUGAAGUUCGGAAAAGUGGUCGUUAGUGUUAUUAGCCAGUUCAUAAAUUGUACUUCCCAGCCACGAGGCAAUGACCCUGAAUGAUCCCCAUUUUAGGUGCAAUAUAAAAUUGCCUGUAAUCAAACUUCUAAUCCAUGUAUCUUUGGUAAAAUACAAACAGACAUGUAGCCUCCUUCCAUAUUCCCUUGGCUGCAACUUGUAUGCAAUGCCAAUUUAGUGCUGAUGGGGAAAAGAUUAUGGCUGGUCCAUGGUCGAAAAUGAAUAUACUGAAUAUAUUCCCUACUUAAAUCUAAGUCCUGAUUUGAGGGCUGCAAUGCUCAACGGCUUUCACAUCACUAGUGGUACUUCAGAAAAGGUCAUGAAUCUAGUUCAGUUUGCUUGAUGGCUUUUUUUCUUAAAAGCAUGUGCAAUGGGCCAAUUGGAUUGGCUCCUUGGAUUUUUAGUAAGGGGUGGUGGAGAAUUAAGGCAUGAAAGCAGAAUAGCAAGAAGAGGCAGUAUGGGCAUGAUCCAGCAGGCCUUAAGUCCCAUUGCUUUCAGUGGGAGUGAGCCAAGUGCAGGCUUUGACUGACUCGCGCCCAUUCUUAUUUUAUGAAAAGAAAAGUAUAAUCAAACCAUUCACAACAUUUAGUGUAAUAAGAAUAUUCUGUGUUGCCAAAAGAUGGUUUUGUUUUGCUUUUUGCUUUUUAAAGGCUUAAUGUGUCUACAGAAAAAAAUACUAGUUCCCUAGAACGUGUUUUUAAAUUCCAAAAGAUUCUAUGUAUUGCUGAUUAAGCAUCAUUAUUAAAAAAUAGUUCCAUUAAUUUCAGUAGAAAGGCGGCCUGAUCCUGUGCAUGUUUACAUAGUAGCAAGAGCCACUGAGUUCAAGGGGACUUACUCUUAGCUAAAAGUGCAUACGAUUUGCACAUAUGCCAGCUUAGCCCUUUGAUGUGUAUGCUUCUGCAGUAGAAUCAUAGAGUUGGAAGAGACCACAAGGGCCAUCCAGUCCAACCCCCUGCCAAGCAGGAAAGUAGUUAGCAGUAACCAAAAAUUAGCUGAGAUGCAGACAUUGAAAAGUUUUUGCUAAAGAUUUCCUAAUUGGCAUGAACAAAUACGCAGAAGAAAGGAAGAAAUAAUAUUCUAUAACCUCUGAGUAAUCCCUCGAGAUCUCAACGCAAUCCCUGUCUGAGACUGUCUGUAACAGUGCAGACAGUUCACUAGGGAUUUCCCCCAUGCAUGCCUCACAGUAAUGAGUGGAUCUGGGGCAAACUCAUUCUCAGUAGAUUUGUGGCCAAUCUCUCUUUGAGAUCAUAUUUCACAGUAAACGAGCGGAAGCAACUGGAGGUUAACAACAUGACCCAUAAUUUUAUUACUCUCCUCCCUUUUUUGUAAUAAUAAUAAAAGACACGGAGCUUUGUCACAUUUAGAAAGCUAUGCAACACACAAUUAUUUAUGAUGAUUAUAUGAAGUACUAGAGAGUAUAAAAAGUGGCUGUGAUUAUGCAAUGUAUUUGCAAUUAAAGAAGGAUAUUUUUUCUUAUUUUGGUAUUGACUCUCUUGUAUCUUUUCCAACUUCUUUUUGAAAUGGUGUUUACGAAGAGAGGCCAACAGAGACAAACACUGCACAUUGCUGGAGGGCAGUGAGUGUGACAGGCUGGCAUAUAUCAGCUAUUUUCUCAUGCAGGUGCUACAGCUUUUACUGGCUGGCUAUACAAAGUGGGGAGGGGGAAUGUCCUUCAACGAAAUCCUCAGGCCAUAAUUAUGUUAGGUGUAGUUUGGCUGUAAAGCAAAUACAAAAGUAUGUCAUUUUUGUGGAU